AUGACACUAAGCUUCUUCGACCAGUUUAUGAGCCCCACAUAUCUAGGCAUCCCACUUAUUGCCGUGGCACUAACCAUUCCCUGAAUUCUCUUCCCUACCCCCUCCGCCCGUUGACUAAACAACCGUCUAAUCACUUUACAAGGAUGGUUCAUCAACCGAUUUACUCAGCAACUUCUUUUGCCCCUCAACUUAGGAGGCCAUAAAUGAGCAGUUCUACUAACCUCCCUAAUACUAUUCCUUAUUACCCUAAAUAUACUGGGCCUACUUCCGUAUACAUUUACCCCUACCACACAGCUCUCCCUAAAUAUAGGCCUUGCAGUACCACUAUGGCUAGCGACAGUAAUUAUUGGUAUGCGAAACCAACCCACCGCUGCCCUUGGUCACCUCUUGCCCGAAGGAACCCCCGUCCCUUUAAUCCCAGUGCUUAUUAUUAUCGAAACAAUUAGCCUUUUUAUUCGCCCCCUCGCCCUUGGUGUACGACUUACAGCCAAUCUUACGGCAGGCCAUCUUCUUAUUCAACUGAUCGCCACAGCAGCCUUCGUCCUCCUACCCCUCAUACCCACAGUAGCGAUCUUAACCUCUAUUGUCCUGUUCUUACUUACCCUUCUUGAAAUUGCAGUUGCUAUGAUCCAAGCCUAUGUCUUUGUUCUACUCCUAAGCCUUUAUUUACAAGAAAACGUCUAA